AUGACCUUGUUGGAGAGAAGGAAGGAGCUCGCCGUCAUCACCCCAUUAUCUAUCGUAGGGUUCAGGGUAAGGGCGGUGGUGGACGGCGGUGGAUGGGUGCUCCCUGACUCAGCAUGGUUCCAUGGUGGGGACUUCCUGGGUGCCUUCCUCCUCGACGGCGACGACGACGACGACGAGGCCGCGGGCACGCGCUUCAGCAUGUCAAAAUUCAGGGCCUGCGCCUUCUCGUCCGCUCGCGGGGACCGCUGGACCUCCGGCGCCGGACGCGGCAGCACUACAGACUGCGGAUUGGGUACCGUCUACUUCGCAGGGAGCGACGACGGGUUCGCCUACUGGACGGCCGGAUACAACAUUGUUCUUACUCUGGACAAGGACGCCGCCGAGUUCACCUCUUCCGUCUUGCACGACGACGGGGAGUACGCCGCGCUCCAGAACAAGCACCACGUCACGGAGUACGCCUACCAUCAGCCGUGGCCACCUACGAUCGAAGCUUGUUUAUCCUAG